GGUCUUGUAGGUCGGUGGAUUUUGUUUUCGUUUAUGUUUAUGUUUUAUUUUUUGCAAUAAAACUAACCGACUUUUUAUUUUAUUUUGUGGAACUUAUUAACUGUAAUUCGAAUUUGUGUUGUGGCAUAUCUGUGAUGUUUUUGAAAGUUGCUAAAUUGCGCCUAUAACUUAGUAAAGAUUUUUUUGUGAUUGUUUUCAUUUUGUGAAGUUCUAAUUACAUGUAAAUUUGAAUAAACGAACAAGUUUUGUGUCAGAAAAUCGUUCUGAUAUGUGCGGGUCAUUUCCUGGGCUGUGAUUGGUUAGUUUGGUGACGCGAUGACGUAAUCUCGCCUCUGAUUGGCGGAUAGUUUCCCGCGUUAAGAUGUCGGGUCUGCCGGCAAGGAGCGAUGAUGUUAUCAAUGGUGUCGACGUACGGGAACAAGGAAGUGCCUUAAGAGUGGCGAGCAACACUCCUCACCUGGUCAGCCUGGGUACCGGUCGUCUCAGCACUGCUGUGACACUGCAUCCGAUCAAACAAGGUCGUGUAACGAUCGGUUCGGACCCAACAUGCGAUAUCUACGUGGUAGGGACCGGUGUUGCCAGUGUGCACUGCCGUGUCGAGAACUCGCACGGUGUUGUCACACUCUACCCUCUCAGUGGAAGUACACUUUUAGAUGGAUUACCAGUGGAAAAGCCCACUAGAUUGUCACAAGGCAGCAUGUUAACAAUUGGCCGGUCCAAUUAUCUCCGCUUCAAUCAUCCUGAGGAGGCGAAGCUGAUGAAAUCCGUUUUACCAUCAGGUCAUGUCUCCAUGGCUCCUAUACAGUUCCAGCCAAACGAACAAUGUCUACCGCCUGGUUACAUCAAUCAUCAUACAGAAUCAUCACAAUGUUACCAAAAUAUACAAAAAAUCUAUAAAGACACAACACUAUCGCAAUUAGAUCAAGAACUAGAUAUGACAUUAAAAGAAAUGUCUAGAAAAAAACCACCUUUAGUCCCUAAAAAACCGUUCAGAGAUAUAGACAAUUCAGAUUCAGAUCAAGAAAGACAUAAAAUAUCCGGGAUAAUGGCUAAAGUAUCGAAAUUUGAAUAUUACGCUAAACAACAGAAAUGCGUUGGUCGUAGUCAAUUUUAUACGACUGAUGACAACGAAAUAUCACCAAAAGUAUUCAGUUCAAACUCUCUAACAGUUAAUACACCAGCUAAAGAUGUAUUAGGCGAUAAAACAAUGCCAAAUUACAUGACAAAAUUUAAACAAGAACAAAAAAUGAUUUUAUUAAACGAGAAUAAUCUAGAAACGAAUUAUACCAACAUUAGAAAUAAAACUAAAAUCGAAGAUAUCGUAAGAAAUUUCGAUGAUAAUAAACUUCCUAAAAAGAUAAACAAUGAAAUGCGAUCGGAAAAUAUCUACGGUCGUAUUAAAGAUUGCGAAUCUAAAAGUAAUUUGGAUUGUAAGAAACUGGAUGGAGAGGAAUGUUCUAGAAGGGAUCAGAAAGGGAUUGUGACGUCAUAUGAUAGGAGUCAACAAUAUUUGCCUGUAUAUAGCAAUUGUCAAUAUGAUAGAAGUUCUGAUGCCGAAAAUAUGAGAAAAAAGGCUUAUCAAGAUAGAAUCAAAGAAGAAGAACAGAAAGAGGCAGAAACUGCUAGAUUAGAGGAAAUACUGAACAUGUGUGCGGAGUAUGAAAAGCAAAUAGCCACAGGCAACCCAAUUACUCCGACAGAAAAGAGAUCGCAUAAUAAAAUCAUCACAAACGGAUCAUUACCGCGAAGUGUUGCUCUCAACAACCCCAACUUUAUACAGACCAGUGAUGGCUACUAUAAAUUCGAUACUAGCAAAAACAAAUCAAUGAAUAAUUCACCUCUUCAAAGGAAUCUAUCUAGUUAUGAAAACUUCGAUGACACACAAUCACCAUCGCAAUUAGAUCAAAUGACACCAGAAGUGACAACCGGUGACAUAGGUCGUAUGGACGAAAUAGGAAUACCAAUAUUUGAUGAUGAAUUCACUGAAAUAUCUAGUCCCAUAUUAAUUAGAAAAAAUGGUGAAUCAUCACCUAUGAAUAGUCCAUACGAAAACUUAUAUUUCCAAAAAAAUUACACAAAUUUCAAACCUAAAUCACCAAACACACAAAGUCCUAGGACAAGAAUAAAAACAACUUUCGCACAUAAGAAUCUCUCUCCGCAGUAUUUUGUAUUUCCAACAGAAACUAAUUUCAAUCUAGAUAAACUAAAUCCUAAUAAUCCAGAUCUAGAUAAUACUAAAUGUAGUGGUAUAGAAAAACAAUUAAGUCUAGAAGAUGAAAUACCAAUGAUCGAUGAUUCAGAUCUAGCAAAUGACCUAGAAUUCAGAUAUUCCAAAGUAUACAAUGAUAAAGUAGACACAAUUGAUACUAAAGAUAAUAUUUCAAGUCCAAAUGAUUUUGAUAUUGAAAAAACUAUAAUAAAAAAUAAAAGUUUUGAUGAUGUUAAGAAAGAAUUAAUGGCGGAUAUUCCUGAAUUAGAAGAAUUCGAAAAAGACCUUAAAGAUAAUAAAAGAGAUAAAAUAAUAAAAAAUAUAACAGAGGAUGUUAGGAAAAUGGAUUUGGAAGCGAGUUCUAUAGAUAGUGCCGUUUUGGAUGAAAACAUAGUUGAUUUAAGAUCAAAAUAUGAUACUUUGAAAGAAGAAAGGAAGAAAUUGGUCGCGGAAAUUCAUGAAUUGAAAUGUAAAAUGUCUGAAAUAAGGUCACAGGAAGAUGAUAUUUUACGAGAGUUGGAAAUGGAGAAAGCUUUAAUCAAAGGUGAAUACGAUUCAGAGAUAGCAAUAUUAAAUAUAGAACAAAAGAAGAAAUUGGAAUUAACAGAGAACGCGAAGAAGAUAGAAGAUGAGAUGAAAGAAUUAAAAGAGAAACAAGAAAUACGACAGAACGAAAUACGAGAAAGAUUAGAAAUCGCAACUAAGAAAGUCGAAAGACUAGAGAAAGAUUUAAAAGAGAAUGCAGCAACGUUAGAAGAAUUACAAAAUGCUCAGGACAUUUUGGAUAACGAGACGAAGAUAUUUGAGGAUUUGGAGUUCCAACAUUUAGAGGAGGAAUCAGAGUUAUUAGCAAAUAGAGAAGAUUUACAAAAUGAAAUAAUCAUAUUAACAAAGAAAAUAGACGCUCAAAAAUGUAGAAUACUAACUCUAAAGACUGAAGCUAACAAUAAUUUAACAUCAGCUUUAGACGAGACUAAAGUACUACAAGCUAGAUAUGUUAAAUUAUUAAAUCAAGUUGAAGAAUUAACUGUAAAAGUGCAAACAAUAGAGAAAGAAUUAAAACCGAUAGUAAAUAAGUUAAACGACAUAGAAAGAACACAAUCACCGGACAGUGCAUUCUACACAGAUCAGACUAGAGCUAAAUCUGAUGAAUUCGGUUAUUCACCACAAACAUCUGAUAGUGAUGAUGAUAUAAAAAUAAAGAGUUUCGAAGAUCACACGAAACAUAUAAAAGACAAAUUGAAAUCAAUAGAUCAGAUGUCUCAGUCCAUGAUGAUUGACAUCGAGAGACGUGACGUCACAGAACUUAACGAGACAAGAUUAAGUGAGAGUCCAUCCAAAUCUUCUACUUCUUCUAAAGAGAAGAAAGGAUUCUGGGAGAGGAAUUUCGAUUCUUUGAAGCGUAAAAGUAAUAAGAAAAAACCAGAAAAGAAUGAUUUAAUGUCUCAAAGUUUUAAUGAGAAUAUUUUCUAUAAUAGUGAAAAUAUAGAAAUAGAUCUAGAUAAGUUUAACAGUUUGAGACAUUCAAAGAAAAAUAAAAAAGAUAAUGGACCAUUAAAAAGUAAUUCCUCAUCGAAAAUCCCGACAUUCAUGGCGCUUGGGAAAAUAAUGAAAAAAGAUUCAUUUAAUAAGAAAAUAAAUAACAAAAUAGAUGAAGAUAAUGAUAAUAAAAAUCGUUAUAUAAAAAACAAUAAAACUAUAACAGAUAAUAAAUAUAAAAAUAAAUCAUCACCUGACAAAGUUACAAAUGAUAAAGAGAUGAAUAAAAACGAUUUAACGAAAUCGAUGACGGUUACAUUUGAAAGAACUGAUUUUAAUAAUUCAGCAGUUAAAUUACAUAGAAAGAGUUGCGGAGAUGAACCUAACAGGAGUUUAGAGUUCAAUAAGAUAACAGAAUCAGGUAAAAUUCCCUCACAAGAUGAUAUAGACAGGAUAUCAAAGGUGACAAUGGAUGCACCGAUAUUAUCAAGUGAUACUGAUGUCAAUUCUUUGGGGAAGAGAACUUUGGACAGUCUGAUGGAGAUAGAGAGGAAGAGAAUCGAGAUGUUGGAAGAACAAGGUUGCCAAAUGAUAGAAAACGAAAGAGAGAAAAUAUCAGAAUUAAAACGUAAAGCCCAAGACGAAACCAAAAAGCUAUGGGACCAGAAGAACAGAUCUGGUCACACAAAGUCUUCUGACGGUGACGCGGACAUUCGCUGCCGUGACGUCACUGACAGAUACGUCACCGAUGACGUCACAACAGAGAGAUACGUCACUGAUGACGUCAGAUAUGCAGUGGAGGACGCCAGCGUCACUGAUGACGUGUUAAAUCUCACCAAUUCUACUAUAUUUGAAGAGAGUUCUGGAUUCCUGUCAUCGUCUAUUGAAGAGCUUCAAGUCCGCAACUCGCGUACGGAGUCCACUGAGGAUGACAAACGCAGUGACGACAGCAGGCCGCUUAGUCAUGCUUCAGAUUUCAGCAGAGAUAACAUACUGUCGCUCAGCAACGCGCCGCGGCGCAGUCGGCGCGGUGUGUCUGCGCAGGAGUGGCAGCGGCCGCUCACACGCUACCUGCCUGUCGACAGGGACGACUUUGAUCUGCGCAGGCAUGUCGAGUCUGCUGGUCAUCAGAUUGAGCUGUGCCCCUACGUGACAAUAAACUCGACGUCAUGUCGCGGCUACCUGCACAAGCUGGGGGCCAAGUUCCAUACUUGGUCCAAAAGGUGGUUCGUUUUCGACCGGGAGACGAAAACGUUCGUCUACUACUGGGACAAGACUGAGAAGAAGCCGAGAGGUGGCGCAUAUUUCCAGGUAAUCGAAGAAGUAUACCUAGACCACGGCAACACUUCUAAAUCACCAAACCCUCAGACCACAUUCAUAGUGAAGACCAGACAGAGACGAUAUUAUCUGAUGGCGCCUUCAGGAGAAGCUGCCAGGAUAUGGAUAGAUGUAAUAUUCACCGGGGCACAGGGGUACACUGAAUACUUACAGUAAAUAUUCAAUAUUUAACGAGUAUUGGAAAACUCAACUCAAUAUUUUUGAGUAAACAAAUAUUGAUUGUAACUCAAUAUUUUUGAUUUGAUAAAAAUCUAUCGACGAUUGGAAAUUUGGAAUGUAUUAAGAAAACAUAUUUUGGAGAAUGAAAUAUGUUUGAACGAAAUAUUUAAUGUAAUUCAAAAAGAUUCCAAUUUGUAAUUUUAAACUCAGUAUUGAUGUAAUAUUGAGUAUUGUAAUAUUAAAUAUUGAGUUUAUUGUAUGGGGAUAAAAUUAUUUGAGAUUUUUGGACUUAAUAUGACGAAACUGAUAUAUAAACACGGCUAAACACUCACGUAUAUUCGACCGGUGGCGGCACCGACUAGUUUCGAGCCCAUCGGGGGCCCUUCAUCAGGAUGAGUGGUACUGGUAUUAUUUCGCGGACAAGGCCCUCAGCUCACUGUGAGCUCACCGGACGUA